UCUACACAUAGAGAGAGAGAGAGAGAGAGAGAGAGAGAGAUACCCUCUUAUCAUCAUCAUCAUCAACAACAACAAUAGCAUCUCUCUCUCUCUCUCUCUUCUCUCUCUCUCUCUCUCUAAAACAGGCAAGCAAGCAAGCAGGCAGGUGUGUUUUCAUGUGUAUGGUUUUUAUCGAAUCUUGUUGGUUUUAGCAGCAAUUCAGAAUGGUGGUGGAUGACAAUAUGUCGAAUUUAACAUCUGCAAUCUCCAAUGAAGCCAGCAUCUCCUCCAACAGCAACAUCAUCAACGAAAUCGGCACCACUUUGUACCUCCAGCACCACCUCCCGCCGCCGUCACUUCCGCCGGCGCCGGCCAAUAAUUACGAGAACCCACCCCCUCCAAAGAAAAAACGAAAUCUCCCAGGCAACCCAGAUCCUGAGGCGGAGGUGGUGGCGCUAUCUCCGCGGUCUCUAAUGGCGACCAACAGAUUCGUGUGCGAGAUCUGCAACAAGGGGUUCCAGAGGGACCAGAACCUGCAGCUCCACAGAAGGGGCCACAAUCUGCCAUGGAAGCUGAAGCAAAGGAGCACGAAGGAGGUCCCGAAGAAGAAAGUGUACGUGUGCCCGGAGAUCAGCUGCGUCCACCAUGACCCUUCCAGAGCCCUCGGCGACCUCACCGGAAUCAAAAAACACUUCUCCAGAAAGCACGGCGAGAAGAAAUGGAAGUGCCAGAAAUGCUCCAAGCGCUACGCUGUUCAAUCCGAUUGGAAAGCUCAUUCCAAGAUUUGUGGCACCAGAGAGUAUCGCUGCGACUGUGGCACCCUCUUCUCCAGGAGGGACAGCUUCAUCACCCACAGAGCUUUCUGCGAUGCUUUGGCUCAAGAAAGCUCAAGAUCAUCAAUGGCGGCCACCACUCUAAUUCAAAACCCAUUUCUCCCUAAUAAUCACAACCUCUUCACCCAAACUAAUUCCUUAAUCCCUCCGAAACAAGAAACCCCCCAAAACCUCGUAACCCUCCCCCCAUGGCUGUCCCCCAAUUCACCCAUCAACAUUAAUCCAUUAUUCCCAAUUCAAGAAAACCCUAAUCCCAAUCCCAAGAACAGCAGCAACAGUCACAUUCUGAAUUCCCUAAUCUCCUCCAAUUCGAGCAAUUCCCUAAUGUCAGCCACAGCAUUGUUGCAGAAAGCAGCCCAAAUGGGGGUUACAAUGAGCUCCAAAAAUCUCCACCAAUCCUCCGGCGCCGGCGCCGCCACGGCGCCGGCGGCGUUGCAGUCACGUGACCAUGAAAUUGGGGCUGGAUCGUCCUCGUUCCUACAAGACAUGACGACAUUGAUGAUGGCUGCCUCUUCUUCUUCCUCCUCCACCACAGCCUUCGAAUCGCCAUUGCAGCAGGCCUUCCAAGGUCCCUUCGAUGGACUGAUGAUCAAUCACAGAAACAGCAGCUUCCAUGAAAAUGGCCAUCUCAUCAUCAAAGACGACGGCCUGACUAGGGAUUUCUUAGGGCUUCGAGCCUUCCCCGACCAUCAUCAUCAUCCUGGGAGCUUCGUCGCCAUGGACGGUCUCGAUCAAUUGGCUUCUUCAUCGUACGGUCACCAUCAGACCGCUCCGAAUCAACCUCCAUGGCAGUCCUGAAAACCCCCCCUUUUGCCUUCUUCUUCUUCUUCUGUAAGAACAUAUCCUCCUAAUUAAUUAAGCUUUUGUUUUCAAUUUCUUUUUCCUUUCGAUUUCUGUAAUAAAAUAUAAAAUUGUCCCGUGGUUUUGAUUUA